AUGGCCGCCGUGGACGCCGCGCCCCACCCGCUUGACAUUCGGCCGGACCACAACCCGACCGACCUCUUUGCGUGCUUGUGGUUCAAGGCGACGACGGUGCGGCCGCUCUCGCUGCGCAUGCCAGACACGAUCGUGAUUGAGCACGGUCGGUUCCAGCAGUGGUUCUUCACGUCCAAGCGCGGCGAGAUUUUGCGGCGAAAGCGAGACAAACUCACGAAGGACCGCGUCUUUCGCUUCUUCCAGGCGAAGCUCACGGCUGGCAUCGCGGCCGUCUUUAUCCACGCGGUCAAAACCGACGACGAGCGCGUUCUGUACACGGAGCACUUGAGCCUCCCGGCCCUCGAGUCGCUGCUCUUCAAGAUCUCUACGGUCGAGCAUGGCUUCUUGCAGGCGUUUGUCGUGCCAAAGUCGGGCUACAACACUGCGAUCGAGGCGGUCUACUCGCACGACGGCUGCAGCUUCCUCGCGACGCGCGCCACCAACGUCCACCUCAUGAUCAAUCACAUGGUGUCGCUCAACGACCGCGUCGCCACCUUUGAAGGCGCCGCCAACGUCACCAGCAAGAAGCCGAUUGCGAGCGCCACCAUGCUCGCCGACCUCAAGCGCAUCAACGACGACAUUGUGUGUCAGAUCCGUCUCGCGAUCGGCUUGGAGGCGACGCGCAUGACGCUCUACUUCAAGAUCGGUGUCGACAACCAACUCUAUUUUUUGUAUCCGUCGACCAUCCUCUUUCAGAACGAAGACGUCUUGUCGCCGUUCGAACUCGCGCUGCACCCUGGCGUCCUCAUGACCGUCGCGCCGUCCCCUGACACCCACCGCCGCCGCCGCAAGUGCCCCGGGUGCCACCGCUUCGACCGCGACGCCAGCGAGAGCCAAGUGACCUUUCUAGUGACGUACAAAGCCAUCAUGGCGGCCCACGCGCAAAACUCGGACGACUCGCUCGAGCUCCACCAGUAUACGAUUCCGCACAUCAUUCAGUCGACCAAUCCCGCGCUCAGUGUCGACAAAUAUUUGGCGCUGACCAAGACUGCGUCCUUUUUGUACAAGACCAUUGAGGUGUGCGAAGCGUGUUGCCGCUCGAUCAACGCCAGAGCCAUGCUGACGCCAAAGCACGCGCUUCCAGCGGUUCUGCCAACGUCCGAACGACGGUCAACGCGCCUCAGCAUCGUCCAUCGACGAGCCGCCUCGGCGACGCCGCGGCUCUCAGUGUUGCGACCGGCCGAGGCGACCCCCGUUCUUCCGUCCCCAAACAUGCCAAGGACAUCGGUGUCGCCAACGACCAUCUCUGGCAGCUUGGAGAAGCUCCGAAUGCAACUCGUCCAGACCACGACCGAGCACGCGCCAUCGCUGGAAACGCUUUUGAUGGAGCACGAGAUGCACCCGCAGCACACGUGCGUGCACAUCAACUACCUCUCGACACUGGCGACGUCGCUCGGUAUCGUCUUGACGACGGACGAGUGGAAGGCAAUUGCUAUGUACUGUGAGCCCCACACGGACUUGGCGCUGGUCGAUCUACACGUUCUCGACGAGCUGCUCCGUCUGCCACGCGCACCGCAGCCGCCGCGGCCCCAGUCCUGCGGUCCCAACGCACGACCGCAGCCACCGAGCUACCAUGCGUUGCGUGCGCUCGGGGCGUUCGUCUCGUCAAACCGCAUCGCGAAGGCCACUCCUGCCACCUCGUCAGCCCCCCCACCGACACCCCCGGCCGCGAAAGCGGUAAUGCCGGAGCCUCACACAGCAACACCAUUGCUGCUCGAAGCCAAACCAAACGACGACCUCACGCACGAAGAGCGUGCGUGGCUUGAAAGUGUGUUGGGACGAGAAACAUAAUUCGGUAGUUCAC